UGACUGUUAUGCUGGAGGAAGGUGUUCCCUGGACAGUCCUGAAGACAGAAGCACUGUAUUUCUAGAGCAGAUUGCCUUGGUACUGCGCCUCUCCAUCCUGCUGCAAUGAGUGGGAAGUCCUUGCUCUUAAAGGUCAUUCUUCUUGGGGAUGGUGGAGUUGGGAAAAGUUCCCUCAUGAACCGGUACGUCACCAACAAGUUUGACUCGCAGGCUUUCCACACGAUUGGUGUGGAGUUCUUAAACCGGGACCUGGAGGUGGAUGGACGUUUUGUGACCCUCCAGAUUUGGGACACUGCGGGACAGGAGAGAUUCAAGAGCCUGCGAACCCCCUUUUACAGGGGAGCAGAUUGCUGCCUGCUGACCUUCAGUGUGGAUGACCGGCAGAGUUUUGAGAACCUCAGUAACUGGCAGAAGGAGUUUGUCUAUUAUGCUGAUGUGAAGGACCCUGAACACUUCCCAUUUGUAGUCCUGGGCAACAAGAUAGACAAAUUUGAGAGACAAGUGAGCACAGAGGAGGCCCAGGCCUGGUGCAUGGAAAAUGGUAACUAUCCAUACCUGGAGACUAGUGCCAAGGAUGACACCAAUGUGGCAGUGGCCUUUGAGGAGGCUGUGCGACAGGUGCUGGCAGUGGAGGAGCAGCUAGAGCACUGCAUGCUGGGCCACACCAUUGACCUGCACUCCAGCUCCAAAUCAGGGUCUUCCUGUUGUUAAGAGUGCCUGCUGCUUCGGGAACAUCACUUGAGCCAGCAGCUGGAUCGGAAUAAGUGCAGGCAGCUCUGGGGCACUCUGAGGAGAGUGGCCACAAUGACAAUAGGUGGUUUGCUCACUGGAGAGUUGCAGCCUCACCAUCUGAAUUCUGGCUGGAGUUUCUGGCACAGAGGAUCUAACUACAGGAGAGAGCUGUCAAAAGAGCAUGUGAAUGUAGUCCUGCUUUCAUCUCUGCCUGUUCUAGCAGGUUUAAAGGACUGGGUUAAAGUCCUUUA